CGGUUUAUCACUUGGCAUAUUCUCUCUCUCUCUCUCACACACUUCCUUUCACUUUCAUCUUCACAUACGCAUUGAUUACCACUAAAUUCCUCCAUUAUCAUCCCAAACAAUGAUCAGUCACCCUCACAAUCCUCUUCUUUCCUCCAAUUAACCUCCAAAACACUUCAAUUUCAUCUACAACAACAACAAUUCAAAGUUAAUCGCCAUGGAUCUGUGUGCUGUACAGAUCAAAGCUGCAGCUCGAUGCCCCUACGUAUCGAAGAACACUCACGUUUACGAUAAACCUAAUUCUCCGUGGAGAUCGAAGAAGGUGUUCGAGAUCAGUGUGACGAAAUCAACGGUUUCUUCUCGUCAAUCGCUUGUUGUGCGAGCUAUGGGGAAGAAGAAUUCGCACAAUAAUUCUGAUUCGUCGUCUUCUACAGGCAAUGGUGAUCAUUCAGGUCCAGAAGGAGAGGGCCUCAAAGGAAACAAUCCCGCUGAAAGCAACAAAUCUAGUGAUAUGGGUUCUCGAAAGUCCCCGCAUAAAGCCACUGACUGGAGAGAAUUUAGGGCAAUGCUCCAUCUGAAUCAGCAGUCAAUGCUUAACAAACAAGAGGAAGGGGUGGUUGCAGAGUCUAAACGUCUCGGGUCAAAAUGGGCACACCCUCUUACAUCCACCGAAACAGGCUGUGUUCUUGUCGCAACCGAAAAGCUCGACGGGGUUCAAACCUUUGAAAGAUCAGUCGUCUUCUUACUGGGCUCAGGAACCCGACACCCACAAGAAGGCCCAUUUGGAGUAAUUAUAAACCGACCCCUCCAUAAAAAGAUCAAACACAUGAAACCUACUAAUCUCCAUCUGGCCACCACGUUUUCCGAAUGCUCAUUGCACUUUGGUGGGCCUCUUGAGGCAAGCAUAUUCUUGUUAAAAACCAACGGGAAAAACAACGUUCUUGAUUUCGAAGAAGUUGUUCCCACUUUAUGUUUUGGUUCCCGAAACGGUUUGGAUGAAGCUUCGGCUUUAGUGAAAAACGGGGUUUUUAAACCUCAAGAUUUUCGGUUUUUCGUCGGGUAUGCCGGAUGGCAGCUUGAUCAGCUUCGAGAAGAGAUUGAAGCGGGGUUAUGGCAUGUGGCGGCUUGUAGUUCGAAUUUGAUGUUUGGUGGGGCCCAGAAUGAGAGUUUAUGGGAAGAAAUUUUGCAACUUAUGGGCGGGAGUUACUCGGAGCUGAGCCGCAAGCCGAAGCAAGAUUUAUAGGUGUUGUUUUAAAGCGUUUUUCGGUUAAAAUAUAAUAUGAAAGUACUUGAGGUUUUAUGAAAAUUUAUAAGCAGUCUCAAGUUGUACAGAAUGGACAAAGUAGAGUCUUGUUUUUAACUUAUAAAUGAACCAUAAGCUACUAUUUUCAAAAGUCAAACAUCAUUUGACUUUUAGUUGAAAUGUUGAAUCGUGUCGUACCGGUCUACCUUUGAUCUUGUAUGCAUGUGUUUUUAAACUGCUGCUUGAA